UUUCAUAAAAACUGAUUGCACUGAUCAGAAAAGCAGAAACGAAAGAGGUUCUUACAUGCAUUAUCUUUACAGGAAAGCAAAUCUUGCACUUUGUUUCCUUGAUAGUCAAGCGCUGCCCCGCCUCCAUGCUUUUUCAUAUGAAGAGAGAAGGAAUUCUGCCCCAGCUUUUGUCUCGAGCUGCAGUAACACACGCAGUGGUCAGCAUGACAAGCUCACACACCAUGCAGUAUAUCGGACUUUUGUUGCUGGCUGCAAUUCUCCUGCAGACAAUAGCAGUGGCUGUAACAUUCAUAUACUUCAGCAACGUCUUAUCGACGAUGAAAGAAACCUUCUCCAAGAGCAGCGUGUCGUGUCUGAUGCGCGCCAACCUCAGGACGAUAAAGGGUCAGGAACUGAACGCGGCGGAGGGAAAAGACGACCCCUGCUGGCAGGUCACGCAACAGCUCCACUUUCUGAUUGAAAAGUCAAUGUCCAGUCGUUAUCAGAAAGAAAUCUCAUCUGCCGUUAAAGACGAAGUCUCGCGUGUUCUUCCCUCAUUGGUGAUCCAAGAUCAAGACGAUUCUCCUCGGCCUAAGAUCGCAGCGCAUGUGACUGGAAGCUAUAUACCAGAGGCAGAAAAAGAUGGAGGAGGUCUACCGAACAGGAAGGUCUACGGCCAGAAAAUCCAGUCGUGGGAGUCCGAAAAAGGUCUGGCUUUCCUCCAGAACGUGGAGUUAAGUGACGGAGAAUUGGUGGUGCCUCAGGCCGGCCUCUAUUAUAUCUACUCCCAAACUUACUUCAGACACUCGCUCAUCGAGGAGGACGAAAGUGACCGCGGGGAAGAGGACGGCACAUCGGGCCAAUCGGUCCGGGGGAAACCGAUGUUGCAGUACGUUUAUAAAAAAGUAAGCUCGUAUCCAGUGCCCAUCCUGCUAAUGAAAAACGCCCGGACGACGUGCUGGUCACGUGACACCCAAUACGGCCUGUACUCCAUCUACCAAGCGGGGCUUUUUCAGCUCGGAGGAGGGGACAGGGUGUUUGUGACGGUCAGCAACGUGAGCACCAUCGACAUGGACGAGAAGUCGAGCUUCUUCGGAGCGUUUUUGGUCAGCUAGUGAUGCGCAGCCAGAAAAAUCGCACCUCACGGUUUGUUUUGAACUCCAAGAUGAGCGACAAGACUCGGCUUGCUCAGUAUUUCUACCUGAGGUUUUUUUUGAACAGAUGCCAAGUGCCUUAAAACAUUUGGACGCUCUUGUCGAGAUGCUCCGUCUCUUGCCAAAACAGUUAACGUUGAUUGAUGAGAGCUCGGAAAGGUGCAAACAUUUGGCGCUUUUUUACAUUCGGCCAGCGGAUCUGAUUGUAAAUCAGUUUCUUGGUGAAAUGUGUUGGAGCUCAAUCCCAACACGUCUGCCUGGAGGGGCGACGAAAAGCGAGGGGCUUGCCAGGUCGUUUUGGAAGCGAGUUGUUUGGACAUGGUGCGUCUGUCCGGGCAGGAAAAAGAAGGUGUGACUUUAAGCAAGACUCUUGCGCCUGCGGAAGAGCUGCGGGCUUUUACUGUGCGCUUCUGUCCUCUUUGGACCUGUGAUUGCAUUGGCUUUUUCAAAGACAAACUACAUAUUUGGGAUGUAGAAAUGCAGUCGGAGAGAUGUACAGAAUCUUCAUGCCUUGAUUGUAUUAUUGACAUAUUGUGAUUGUCAGUUUCAGCACUCUUGUUUGUAUGUGCGAGUGAAGGAGAGAGCGAUUUUUUUUUUUACAUUUUUUUUUUUUUUAUUACAUAAUUCAUUCCUAAAGCAUUAAUUUUGCAAUUCGCUAAAUGUGAAAAUCACUGUGAUGGUAAAUUGUCUUGUACAUAAUGUCUUUUGUAUAUACAUUUAUUUACCAGCGCUGAACACAUACUGAGGAAUGUACAGACACCUGAGAUGACACUCAAGUCUUUUCACCCUUCUACAUUUUAGUGUUUUUUUGUAGUGUUUCAGUUUUAUUCUUUUUGUAACAUUUAAUCUGAAACAGUAACUAUGUACGUUACAGUACACCAUGUUCUCCCCUUCUGGAUAUUUUUUCUUAUCUGGGCCAUAAUUUUCAUAUUAAAUAUGUACACUAUACAUAAUUUUGGUAAAACAAUCAUUGGAUGAUUCAUUAUAUUAUAUAUGAUUCAUUUUAAGACCAUGUAACUGUAUUGCAUUCAAUUUUGUUGUAACAGUUUAAUAUACAUUUUUUUAUAUUAUUUAAUAAUUUAUGUAUAUGUGUGUGUGUAUAUAUAUAUAUAUAAUAUAUACACACAUAUAUCACACACAUUACAAAAAAAUUGGUGUAAUACAGUACAUAGUCAUUAUGUAUUAUUAUGAUUAUAUCUGAAAUAUUUGCCACUGUCCACUGGAGCUACCAAGUUUUUUGUAUCAAGGCUAUUUUUUAUUGCCAUUUUUUAUUUAGCAAACCCCUUUUACCCAAUCAUGUUUCUCGUUAUUAUGGCAACAUGAAUAAAAUGUUUUAUAAAAAAUUUGA